UGAAAUGUAUACUAUUUGUCUUACUCUUGUUGAAUUCGUGAAGUAUAGAAACCUGUAUGUGAUUUAAAGUUUAUUUCAUGUUAACCUGCACUCUCGAAAAUUGGUUACUAUCAUACCUUCAUUACGCCAUUCACACGAAAAGUGAAACAGGCAAUGUCUUCGGAAUUUUCAGGAAACUCAAUAACGAAUAUUACGCCAACUGCAGAUUAUACAUUUGAUGAUUGUGCUGAUCCAGAACCGUCCGAUUUGAUUUGUGUUCUGUGCCUGCGCCAAUGUACUUCAGAACAAUGCGUACAAUUUUCCACAAGUGAAAAUGAUACUUUUUUCGAUGCAUUUGAAAACCGCUCAAAACUAGAAAAUCUACUAAACAUAGACUUGGAUCUGAAACACUUUGUAACCUGUCUAACCUGCUGGAAGCUAGUCGAAAUGUUUAUUGACUUCAAGCAAUGCUGCUUAAAAGCGGAACAGUGGAGUCAUAAAUUUAUCAAUGGUUUGAGCCGUCAUCAAAAAGAUAACGAGUUCUGGCUGUGCCACGAAAUGUUCGCAUUGAUUGACCGAACUCACCAGGAAAUUAGGGAGCACUUUGAUCGAAUGAAUGCUGAGGAGAUAACACCAAAAGAUGUAUCCUCCCUCAUGCCCAUGGAAAGUAUCUGUAUCAAAUUAGAUAUCGUUGAAGAAUCGCCACCCGUCGGAAAUGAAGACACUCAGAGCAAGAAACGACCGAGGAAAAACAGAAUAGUCAAAGAUGCGCUACACGAAGAUGUCGAGAAUCCGGAUUCAUUGAUUGUGGAGAAAUCCGAUAUCGAUGUGACAGCAUGUGAGAAAUGUGAUCGUAAAUUCGAUACUGAGAUCGGACAUAGACUCCAUAUUCAGCAUUGCAAGGGUCGAGAAACUGGGAAGCUGGAGAAAUCCUACGUUGAAUGUUCAAUUUGUACUGCUUCAUUUAAAGAUCCCACAUCCUUAAAUUAUCAUAUGAACAAGCACAAAGGUGUCAAACCGUACAAGUGUCGACAAAAAUGUGAUAAAUAUUUCUACAGUGCAUUUAGCCGCAAACAUCACGAGACAAAUUGUGGUUCGGAUACUCAUGUUUGCCCACAUUGCGGGGCUCUGCUGAAAAAUGCGGAUACUCUCGGCAAUCACAUAACGCACGUGCACGGAGAGGCCACCAUUGGCUGUGAAACUUGCGGGAAGAUGUUCAAGUCAAAGAAAAAACUCAGCCGCCAUAUGUUGGUGCACACGAAUAUUCGAAACUAUCCCUGCACUGUGUGCGAAAAAGCGUUCAAAUCAUCUUAUGCCGCCAAUGUACACCGAAGAAUACACACCCAAGAGAAACCGUUCAUUUGCGAGAUUUGUGGUCAGGAUUUCACGUACAAAUGCUCUUUGAAGGCUCACGUGUCCAGGGAUCAUGGAUGGCAGGCAGACUGAACGCUUUUACCGAAGACAGUGGUUUCAGAAACUAUUAAUUUUCCUUGAACACAACCACCUGUAUUAAUUGUGUUCGAACAUUAGCAUAUGAUAGUUUGGAUUUCAAAUUAUUUUUUAGUCAGCAAUACUGAUAUUGGAAAUUUAUAAUCCUAAAAUCAAUGCUCCGUUGAAUGACCUACUUUUGUUUUAUAGUCUAAAAGUUCAUAAAAAAAUAAUAGUCAAAAGAGCAGGAUACCUGUGAAUCAUUUUAUUUUAUGGAUAAUAUAAUAGACAGUCGAAUGAGUCGAAAGUUAGUUAGGCUACUGUUUCCAUUUUACCUCGAUGAAGCCGCUCAACAUGAUUCUUCAAGGCGUUUGUGUACAUAAAAGCCUCUCCACACAUUACACAUUUGUACGGCUUUUCUUGGGUAUGUACCCGUUUGUGAACUUUGAGUGCCACUGCUGAUUUGUAUGUUUUGUUGCACAUAUCGCAUGCGAAGUUUCGUUCCUUCGAGUGUGUUUUCAAGUGUAUUUCAAGACGUGAACUGAAAAUAUAAGAAACUAUAUUUAAAAAAACAUUCCAAACUAAAUAAAUAAAACAGUGCGAGUAAAUGCAA